AUAACGCUUUCUUUGCCUAUUGAUGAAGCACAUGGCUAUAGCAUGUUUGGGAAUAUAUUAUUUUAGGGAAACAAUAAGCACUUAAUUUUACAAAAAUUGUUUCUAGAAGUUUGAUUCUUAGCUUAACAUCUUUUAAUUAUUUUUGUGGCAAAUUAUUUCUAAAUCUGAAUGUGACCUGUGUAAGCAGCAUAAUUUGUCACUGAUAAUUUGACCACAUGAUCCUUUUCAUGUAAUUUUUCAUCACAUUUUCACACCCUGAUGGUGAGGCCCACAUAAAAUCUGAUCCUGCUUGGUGCAGAGUGUCCACUUGAAAUGGAAUAUGAACAUUCCUUCUUAGCCGUUAGAAGCACACAACACAUGACCAUAACUUCCAUUUUCCAUUAACUUCAUUAUAUAAUAUAUAUGCAACUAAAUUUCUAGUUUCUUGGCUAUCCUAUUCACUAUUCAGGGUUCUUCUCCUCCAAAAUGGAAACAUUAAUGGCCAAGUUAAUGGUUCUGAUUCUUUUCCUAUCCAUGAUUGCACCAAAAAGGGUGUUUGCUGAAUAUGAGCAAUGGUGCAUAGCUGAUCCGCAAAGCAGCGACGAUGAGUUGCAGGCAGCGCUGAAUUGGGCUUGUGGAAGUGGAGGUGCAGAUUGUAGCAAAAUCCAAGUGAACCAACCAUGCUAUUAUCCAAACACUUUGAAAGACCAUGCUUCCUAUGCCUUCAACAGCUAUUUUCAGAAGUUCAAGCACAGAGGUGGUUCUUGUUUCUUCAGAGGUGCUGCCAUUACAACAGAAGCAGAUCCUAGAAAGUUCUAA